UGCACCUCGGCGGCGGGGGCUCGCGCUGAUUCCCCACGUCCAGUAGUGUGUCAUCGGCGUGCACAGUGCCCGGAGCUGGCUGGGGCGGUCCGCCGGGAGACGGGGGGCGCCUCAGGCGUCAGCAUUAGCCGCGUCUCCGCUCCGGGCCCUCGGCUGUGAGCGACCCCGGGGCUUGAAAGCCCCCGCCCCUCCAGCUAGGACUGAGGCAGCAUGAAUGUGGCGGAGGUGGAGGAGCUCGUCUCACAGAAAUACGAGAUCAAGAAGCGCCUCGGCAAGGGGGCCUACGGAAUUGUGUGGAAAGCAAUUGAUCGCAGGACAGGAGAAAUAGUUGCUGUCAAGAAGAUCUUUGAUGCUUUUAGGAACAGAACAGAUGCUCAGAGAACAUUCCGGGAAAUUAUGUUCCUGCAGGAAUUUGGAGAACAUCCAAAUAUCAUCAAGCUGCUUAAUGUCAUCCGAGCUCAGAAUGACAGGGAUAUUUACCUGAUUUUCGAAUCUAUGGAGACAGAUUUACAUGCUGUGAUCAAGAAGGGGAAUUUGCUGAAAGACAUCCACAAGUGUUACAUCCUCUACCAACUCCUGAAGGCCACCAAAUUUAUCCACUCAGGGAAUGUCAUUCACCGGGACCAGAAGCCCUCAAAUAUCCUGCUGGAUGCAGACUGCUUUGUUAAGCUCUGCGAUUUUGGACUGGCUCGCUCCCUGUAUCAGAUCCAUGAGGACCAAGGCAGCCCUGCACUGACAGAGUAUGUGGCAACACGCUGGUACCGAGCCCCUGAGAUCUUGCUUUCCUCUCAUAGCUACACAAAGGGUGUGGACAUGUGGAGUAUUGGCUGUAUUCUGGGGGAGAUGCUGCUUGGAAAACCUCUUUUUCCUGGAACAUCCACAGUGAAUCAGAUAGAGCAGAUCUUGAGUGUCAUUCCUGCCCCAUCCCAGGAAGAUAUUUUAGCUAUCCAUUCAGACUACAGAGCCUCUGUUAUUAACCGCAUAAGCUCCAGACAACGAGUGACAAUUGAGGAAAUUUUACCCUCCUCUACCCCCGCUCAUGCCUUGGAUCUUCUAAAAAGGCUCUUAGUAUUUAACCCUGAUAAACGGCUGACCGCAGAAGAGGCCCUGCAACAUCCCUAUGUGAAAAGGUUCCACUGCCCCGCCAAGGAGCCGUCUCUGGACUACAGUGUGAUUCUUCCUUUAGAUGAUGAUAUCCAGCUGUCUGUGGCAGAAUAUCGGAAUAAACUGUAUGAGAUGAUUCUGGAAAGGAAGGCAAAUAACCGUCAACAGAAACAAAUCCAGAGAGAGAAUCUUCAACCAGGUCCAUCUCAGUUCAAACCAUCUCUUCCAAACACCAGCUCUGUGCCUUUAUCUACCAUCAGGGAUCAAAAAGAGCCAAGACCCACUCUUAUGAAAAGCUCACAUAUGCCUGCAGGGCCUACAAUACUUGGUGAAGUUUCCAGCCAGAGAGAGGGUUUAGCAGGAACUGUCUGCCAGAGACCUAAAAUCAACACGCUUUACAACCCCAUAACGCACACCACUGUUCAGAAUAGCCUGGGUUCUGUUGUAAUGGCCAGGAACCAUUCAGCACCACUCCCUCAGCAUCAGAGACCAUCCUCCAUCAAUAGGAAACAGGGGAGACAGAUCACAUGGGUGAAUAUGAGCGCUCAACCACCUGCAAUGAGCGUACAGAAUCCCUAUAAUGAUCAGCAAGUGCCAAAAGGUCCUGACUCUCAAGGUCAGUCCGUAUCCAACCAGAGAUCGUUUUCACUAUCCAGUCAGGCACAGGAAGCUGCUAUCCAUAAUCACCUGACCAGGAAGGACUCUCCCAUGAUGGUUGGGGUGACAGCAACUAGUACAAAACUAAAUCCAAGGAACACACAGUUUCCCAGCAGGGAUGCGCACCCUUUUCUGAAGUCCAGUAAAAAGAUGUUUCAGGUCACAGCAAAUAUGGGGGCUGCUGGAUAUCCCAAGGCAUCGAUGGGCAGUUACUCCCAGUCCUAUGGGACCAUCUGUAAAUCUGCACUCCAGAAUCUUCCAAUAUCAAAUUCCUGCCAACAGGCACCAGCAUUGAAUACGCACCAGCACUGACCAAGUGGAGUACAGCCCAAUCCACCCAUCCACAGGCCCUGUAGGGAACAAACGGUUGGGGUACAACCCCACUCCCAGGCAUUUGGCAGGACCCCAAAUGCUAGAGAAGUGCUGCCUGCACUCAUCAUAUGGGACCCAGUGCCACUUUCUCUGAGCAAGAUCCAAGAAUAGUCUGGCAUUCUGAUCCUUUUAACUUCUCAAGCCUGUGCAAAGCCACAAGGUAGGCAGGGGACACAGCAUCAUUUGUUUCCAUACAAUGCUGUAGGCACAGUUUAUCUUUACAUACUAUUCCUCAUAUUCAGUAUCACUGAUAGCUACAGAAAGCUGCUUUAUUCUGCUACUGGCUUUGUGUUGUUAAAUAUAUCCAGGCUGAUUUGUCCAUCUCUAUUGGCCUCAAUCUGUGUUCACUGAAUCCAAACUUUGGAGAGGAGCAGGUAACUAAGAAUAGACCAUUCUCUAAAGCCCAGGAAGACUAAAUUUACCAUGGAUAUCUUGAACUCCCUUCACUAUAUGUUCCCACUAAUUCCCAUGUCCUUUAGGGGCACAAAAACAGUUGUUAACGUUCUCUCUCUACAAUAAAGUAGUUCCGUUUCUUUAUGUAUUUUUCUCCAGUGUAUUUAAUACUAUAACUAUCAUGUGUGGAUAUACUAUUGUAUGUAUUGUAAUAAUAAACUGCUUAUAUUUCACUGAGGGAAGUACCUUCCUUUCACAGUAUGU